UGAUGAUGAUUGUACAUCAUUAGGGUUCGUGUUGUUCUUUUGCUUCCAUCUUUCCCUUCCUAUAUAACCCCACUUGUUCUCCAUUCUUCCACCCUUUCAACCUUUUCUGGCAGCCCCCCGGGCAUCCUUUUCCCAUUUCCUUCAUUCUUCUAAUUUCCUCGGGAUCUGAGCCGACAAUUCGACACACAGAGACUGUUUAGCUUAUUUUAGGGCUCAAUUCCCGAGGAUAUAUAUUGCAAGAACAGUACUAUGUUUCUGAUUAUCUUGAUCUUUCCUUGUCCGGCAACUCUCUGAUCUAUUUUUCUUUGUCUCUGUUUGUCCAAAUUGGUUUACUUUGGGGGAGUGAAAAAAGUUGACAAAGUUGGUCCUGUGAUUCUAUUGUUCCUUGUUCUUUGGAGGACGAUUCGGCUCCAACAACCAAAAGCUCUAGGAUCCAAGAUCGAAGUGGGUGGAUAUGAAUGCUUUCUCACGUGUCCCCCCGGGUUUUCGUUUCCACCCGACUGAUGAAGAGCUUGUUGAUUACUACCUCAGGAAAAAGAUUAAUUCAAGGAGAAUUGACCUAGAUGUCAUCAAAGACGUCGACCUCUACAAAAUUGAGCCAUGGGAUCUUCAAGAAUUAUGUCGAAUUAGCGUGGAAGAGCAGAAUGAAUGGUACUUCUUUAGCCACAAAGACAAGAAGUACCCAACGGGAACUCGGACCAAUAGAGCUACUGCAGCGGGGUUCUGGAAAGCCACAGGACGGGACAAGGCAAUAUAUUCUAAGCAUGACUUGAUUGGCAUGAGGAAGACCUUAGUGUUUUAUAAAGGUCGAGCACCAAAUGGACAAAAGUCCGAUUGGAUUAUGCAUGAAUAUCGGCUGGAAACCGAUGAGAACGGCACUCCUCAGGAAGAAGGUUGGGUGGUGUGUAGGGUUUUCAAGAAGAGGAUCCCGACGGUCCGGAAGAUGAGCGAACACGGCUCUCCGUGUUGGUAUGAUGAUCAAUCCCCAUUCAUGCCCGACCUUGACUCGCCGAACCAAAGCUCAAACCCUAGCAAUUUGGCUAACUACCAUCAUCUCCCUUAUGCAUGCAAGAAAGAGCUUGAUCUUCAUCAGUACCAACUUCCCCAAGAACAUUUCAUGCAGCUCCCUCUCUUAGAGAACCCAAAACUACUCCUUGCACCGUUCGGCCUUGACAUGAACCAAUCAACUGCCCUUCAGUCUUCGUCAUCGCUCACCCAAGAACAGAACUUGCACUCGCUCUUUGGCAACAACAACAAUAAUAAUCACGAGCAAGAGGUUGUGGAUCAAGUCACUGAUUGGCGAGUUCUGGACAAGUUUGUAGCUUCUCAGCUGAGCCAGGAGGAUGCUCCUAAUGUCAACACUAACGGGGCAGCUGCUAGACAACUGGGCAAGCAGGAUAUGAUCACAGAUGAUGGGUCUCUACAAACCUCUACCAGUUGCCAAAUGGAUCUGUGGAAAUGACCCCCAAGAUACAUAUUUAACGAUUAAAUUACUCUAUUGAUGCAUGGUAUAUACUGAACAUAGGAUAAUAUUGAUUCUACUAAGAUGAUAAGAGGAAGUUGUGCGUAUCAGCCAACACCUUGUACAUUACAUAAAAUCGAGAACCAUAUAUUGCAACCCUUAUUUUAA